GCCGUGUUUAUUACUUCAACCACAUCACCAACGCCAGCCAGUGGGAGCGGCCCAGCGGCGGCGGGCGCAACGGCCAGGGGGAGCCCAGUAAGGUCCGGUGCUCCCACCUCCUGGUGAAGCACAACCAGUCGCGGCGACCCUCGUCCUGGCGGCAGGAGCGGAUCACCCGCACCAAGGACGAGGCUCUGGAGCUCAUCAAUGGCUACAUCCAGAAGAUAAAAUCAGGAGAAGAGGAUUUUGAAUCCCUGGCUUCCCAGUUCAGCGACUGCAGCUCGGCGAAAGCGGGGGGCGAUCUGGGAGCGUUCGGAAGAG